ACCAUUGCCACCAGAAAGAACCUGUCUCCAAAAGGCCAGCUAAGAACAAAAAAACCCCGUCUCUAUCACUAUUCCCAUUCAAGAUUCUAGAUCCAUCCCCAGAUAGAAAACAACCCAAUCAUAUCCCAUCUCUAAGAGGCCACGGUAGCGGGAGCCUGCAAGGUCCUCUUUUUCUGCCUAGGCCAGCCCGUAUCCGAAACGUCUACAGUGACCUUCUCUUCUGAAUCAAAUCUGAGGCCCGCUUGAGAUUUCCAACCAUUCAUUCCUGGUACAGCAACGACUGGACGGACAACUUUCCUUCCUUCCUAUCGGCUGCACUCCUUCAACUUACAUCCAUUCUUACUCUCACUCUCACUCUAGUUAUUCUUUUCUGCUACGUAUCUUCUUCUUCAUCUACAACUUCUUCGCUUCAAACAAUCUUCAACUCUUCUCCUAUAUUUGUACUUCCCCAUAAAAUACGUCACGCAAACGAGACAGAUCCAUCGAAUCGCACCCGCAUCUGACUUUGACGCUUUCGACGCCUCCUUGUCGCAUUCGUUCAACCCCCCUUUACAAUCUACACCACCACUUUCUUUAAUACGCGCCGUCGCCUCGAGCCUCUUUCCCUCCGGCACCUAUGACCGCCAGAGCUCGACGACCCCAGAACAAACCCGCCCGGCCGCCCCUGACAAUCAAAACUGACGAAACAGAGGAUGCGAAUGGGAACGGUCACAUCAACGGCAACGGCAAAAUGAGCAGCGGAGUAGAGAUGCGCCGAAAGGCUGCUAAUCCAGGAGACGAGAAUGUCGCUGCAAACUUCAUCAAGAGCGAGUCCUUUUCCCUCGACGAUCCUGUUCCCAAGACACCAGCCCUCAACGACCAUGGCUUCUUCGAGCUUCCUCGACAGGACCAGAGAAGUUUCCUUCUCUUGGUGCUUUUAUACUUCUUGCAGGGUAUUCCCAUGGGCCUAGCGACGGGUUCCGUGCCUUUCCUGCUCAAGAACCAUAUGUCUUACAGUGAGAUUGGCGUCUUUAGUUUGGCCUCAUAUCCUUACUCUCUGAAGCUCCUCUGGAGUCCUUUCGUGGACGCUGUCUGGAGCCCCAAGAUUGGUCGACGCAAGACUUGGAUUGUCCCAAUUCAGUUUCUCUCUGGUUUCGGCAUGGUGUGGCUUGGAUCACACGUUGAAAGCAUGAUGGACACGGCCGGAAAGCCCGGCGGCAUGACAGCUUUCUCGUUCAUGCUGUGGUGGUUCUUCCUCGUCCUCAUGUGCGCCACCCAGGAUAUUGCUGUAGAUGGCUGGGCCCUGACACUCCUGACUCCUGGAAACGUAUCAUACGCUUCAACUGCGCAAACUGUUGGCCUCACCGCUGGCCACUUCAUGUCUUAUACUGUUUUCCUUGCUUUCAACGCCGCCGACUUUGCCAACAAAUGGUUCCGAACCGUUCCUUCUGAUGAAGGUCUUCUCUCGCUCGGAGGAUACCUCAAGUUCUGGGGUUGGUCCUACAUCAUUGUCACCAUUGGACUUGGACUUUUGAAGAAGGAGGACAAGUCGCAAAACGAAGAUGGUGUCUGGGAUGUCUACCGCAUCAUGUGGGGUAUUCUGAAGCUUAAGAACGUCCAGACCAUCAUUAUUGUUCAUCUCAUCGCCAAGAUUGGCUUCCAAGCUAACGACGGUGUCACCAACUUGAAGCUUCUGGACAAGGGAUUCGGCAAGGAUAACAUGGCUUUGACCGUUCUUAUUGAUUUCCCCUUCGAGAUCGGCCUGGGUUACUAUGCUGGAAUGUGGUCUCAAAAGUACACCCCAAUGCGUCUUUGGUGCUGGGGCUUUGUUGGUAGACUUGUCGCCGCUCUGUCUGCCCAAUUUGUCGUCGCAAUCUUUCCUUCCGAGGGAGUCACAUCUUGGUAUCUAUUGGUGGUUAUUGCCGAGCACUUGUUCUCGACCUUUACCAAUACCAUUAUGUUUGUUGCAGUCUCGGCUUUCCAUGCCCGAGUCUCGGAUCCUGUCAUUGGCGGUACCUACAUGACGCUUCUCGCAACGUACUUUGUUCUACAGCUCGUCGACAGCUUUACAGUGGCCACAUGCCACCCUGGCAAGUCUGGCGCAUCAACAUUGAAGGGCACCCUCGUCACCGAGGCAUUUUCAUGCGCAGUGCAGUCCGAGAAGGAGCGAUGUGAAGCCGGUGGCGGAACAUGCGAAAUGACCCAUGAUGGAUACUACACGGUAAACAUUCUCUGUGUAUUGUUUGGCGCUGCGACAUUCUUCUGGUAUAUCAAGCCUAAGGUGAUGCAUCUCCAGAGUCUGCCAUUACGCGCAUGGAGAUUGACAAAUGAGAACAAGCGAUAA